AUAGCUAUGACUUACAUUCUCCCAUAUCUAGCAAUGUUUUGAUAAGAACUUGGAACUGUGAGAUAUUCAUAUUUUGGAAUUUGUGCAAUAAAUUGAGGGUGGACGAAGCAUCCUGGAUGUUUGCUGGGCGCCAUGGUGUACAUCGACCAUAAUGGGCGCGUGUGGGAGCAACGUCCGUGGGAUUGGAGACGGAUAGUGGAGCUAUUUGUGGGGAUUUGGUUCGCCAUUAAGCAACUAUUCUUGUCUUUCCUGGCUCCCUUCACUGGAGUUGGCAACAACUCCAAUCGUCGUGGAAAUGGAUGGGGAGGAGGAAAUGGUUGGGGCGGUGGAGGAGGAGGUGGUGGCGGCGGCGGCGGAGGGGGCGGUGGAAGAGGAUCAGGAUAUGGACAAGGAGGACUGAGACCAAAUCGCCGAAUCGGACGCAUUCAGCCGUCAAUGAGCUGCAAUAUGCCCGCCGGAGGCGGAUGAGGAUAGUAGCGACAUCUGAUCCCAAUACUUUUUGGGAGGAUGUCGCGCCGACAAAAGACUGGUCGCUUUAAGCAGCAUCACCAAAGACUCUGGAAAUCAAGGUUUCUCCCGUCCUCGUGACGCUUAUGACGCAGUUCUCUUAAACUCGAUCUCGAGCGGAGUGCUGCUGAACUUGAUUAAUCUGUGAUUUCUGAGUCGCUGCUUUUGUGGCCGUCGUCGGUCUUAUUUUAAAACUAGCUCGAAUCUAGUAACAGUUUUUUUUAUCGGCUUACGGGUUUACCUGAAUUUACCAACAAAAUAACGAAAACAUAUUUUUCUCUAUGUUGUAACAUUAGCCAGUUAAAAUAUAUUUUAUACUGGCAAAAAUAAUAAAUAAAAAUCAACAAUAUCUUUUGUAA